AUGCAUGAGGAGUACGCCCUAUUUAAAAUUCUAGUGGUAGGCAGCAGUGGUGUAGGCAAAACAUGUAUAUUAUUAAGGUACACAGACAGUAUUUAUAAAGAAACUUACGGUACAACAAUUGGGGUUGAUUUUAAAAUGAAGAAUAUCCUAGUCAAUGAUAAAGCAGUCAAAUUACAACUAUGGGACACCGCAGGACAAGAAAGAUUCAGAACCAUCACAUCCAGUUACUACAGAAAUGCCAAUGGAAUAUUAUUAGUAUUUGAUAUCUCAGAUGAAGACAGUUUUAAUGAUUUAAAAGGAUGGAUAUCCGAGAUAAGCAAUAAUAUCAACAAUAACAUAAUAAUAUUCAUACUAGCCAAUAAGAUAGACACAAACACAGUUAAAGUAUCUGAUGAAGAUAUCUCUAAUUUUAUAAGUAAGUAUAAAACAGAGAACAUCAAUAUAAUAGGAUAUAAUAAAGUAUCAGCAAAGACAGGGGAAGGGAUUGAUUUAUCAUUUAAAACAAUUGCUGAGAGUAUAAUGAUAAGCAUACCAGAUAAUAAAAUCAAGCAGCGGGUUAAUAUAGAAAGUGAUGAUAAUAUUAAUGGAUGGUGCUGUAUUAAUUAA